GCAAGUAUUUAACAAUUGCUUCUCUAGGUGUGGCGAUGUAAGCUGUGCUUAAGGUGGCGAUGGUUACAGCAGGUACAACAGAACGCCCCUACACACCUCUGGAGUCUGAAGACACUAAAGAACCAAACGACAGUGAUGAGAACAGUGACGCCAUCUCCACCACACAGCUCCCCCUCCCCGCCGCCCCGGACGGGGGGUGGGGCUGGUUCGUGGUGCUCGGGGCCUUCUUGGUCAGCGUCAUCUGUGACGGAGUCUCCUACUGUUUCGGCGUCCUCUACUCGGAGCUCAUCGUUCACUACAAGGACACCAAAAGCCGGACCUCCAUGGUCGGGAGUAUUUUCUUCGGCGUGUCCAUGCUACUGGGUCCAGUAGCCAGUGACCUCAUCACCCGCUAUGGAUGUCGGGCUAUGACCAUCACCGGCGGAUUAAUAUCCAGUUUAGGGCUAAUUCUAAGCAUCUUCGCUACAAAAAUAGAUCACUUGUACUUUACGUUUAGCUGUGUGGUUGGCGCUGGAUUUUCCCUGUGUUUCGUUUCCGGUGUGGUUGUCGUGUCGUUCUACUUCGACAAACGUCUGGCACUGGCGACAGGUUUCGCUGUCUGCGGUACCGGAGUCGGCACGGUAACGUUCGCGCCGUUGAUGGAUUAUCUGAUACAGGAGUACGACCUCAAGGGGUUGUUCCUCAUCAUGGCCGGGGUGACACUCAACCUUGUCGUCUGCGGUAUGCUCUUCCGGCCGCUUAAAUUCACCGAACAACAACGAAAAAAACUGAUGUUGUCGGAGUUUGAUAAAAUCCCGCCCGGUCGACGUAGUCAUGACGGGCCUCGUCCUUCACAGCAGGAGUUUGGCGGAGACAGGAAAUGCAUGUCGGCUGUAGACCUGCCUACGUUUUUCAACGACCCACACAUGUAUCUCCAUGUUGUAGGGCGAGGUAUUAAAACGAACAAACAUUCUCGAGCGAUUAUACGCCGGUACAUGCACAAUAACCUGGCUAUUCAGAUGUACAUUAAAGAGAAAGGUUCCCCAGUUGAUGAUUUAGAAUAUGAUAUGCGCGUGAAAGAAACAACAGAACCGUCGUUUCCGCAGAAAGUAAACACGUUAGCGAACAAGCAGCCGUUUUGUAGCUGCUACGUGUUCCCCAGACGUGUGUUGACGUCGUGUAACGAGCGUACGGCCGUGCAGAUGAAAAAUCGGAUGAGACCGGCCACCAAGUAUGAGCCCAUACACAUUCCUCUAACCAAAAGCGACGUCGUCUUCCGAACGCUGUGUAAACAUAGCGAGGUGUGUCUGAACUGUAAGAAGAGCUCUAGUUGUCCUGAGCUGACAACGUUCUACCCCAAGCCCAGUUCUAAAAAAACACCUGUUGUACAUUCUGCUCGAAGACGUUGCUUCAAGGUGUUCGAUGUACUACUCAACAUCCUAGAUUUCAGACUGCUGUGUAACCCCUUCCUACCUGUAUUUCUACUUUCAAAUUUUUUAUUCUACGUGUGGAGUGAUGUCCCUUACAUGUACGCCGCGGACCACGCCAUAGAGCUAGGAGUGGACAGAACCCGAGCAGCGUACCUCGUUUCGAUUAUCGGUGUUUUCAACACACUUGGCCAGAUAAUAUUCGGCUACAUCGGUGACUUGCCAGUGAACUUGCUGAAUAUUUACGCCAUUGUAUCAGCCAUUUCCGGGAUUUUCGUGGCUGCCGUCCCAAUUUCCAGCAGCUACAGCGUGAUGUUGGUCUGCUACGCCUGUUUUGGGUUCUUCGUCAGUGUCAGUUUCCCACUGACCAGUGUCCUGCUGGUCAGAAAACUGGGACAGAGCAAGCUGGCCAGGUCGUAUGGCAUUCUCAUGUUGACGCAAGGUGUGGCUAACUUUCUGGGACCUCCUUUUGCAGGCUGGGUCUCCGACAUCAGCGGCAACUACGACGGUUCCUUCUACUUGAGUGGGGCCUUUUACACCGCGUCUGGUUUGGUUUUGUUCCUGGUCUAUCUGCUGGAGAGUAGCCAGUGCUGCAAGUCUCGCACAAAGUUGCCUAAAGUUCAUUGACCUUGGUUUACACAUUUUUGAUAACUUGUAGAUGUACACUUUUUUUUGUUAGUUAAAUAUAA